ACUAACGUCGGAAGAUGGCGGCGCUCAUAUGGGACAUACCUGAGGAAGAAAGUCAACAAUCAAAGGAACCAGAGGAGCUCUCUGUGUUUGGAUAUGCUUGUAAAUUAUUCAGGGAUGAUCGAAAAGCCUUUUCCAUUGACGAAGGAGAACAUCUGAUACCAUGGAUGGGAGAUUCCAGUCUGUUGAUUGACAGAUAUGAUGGACGAGGUCAUCUGUUUGACCUUUCAAAAUAUGAUGCCACUCAUGUAAAGCGGGGAGAGUUAUCAGAGGAAGAUAAACAGAUCGAAGCAUUAUGUGACGAGGAAAGAUACUUGGAACUGAAAAAUGACCUGGCAGAAAAAAAGAUGUAUGAAGAGGAAGAGUGGAAGAGAUAUUAUCAGUCUUUGUCAGAAGGUUUCAAUGCUGUAGGAUUUAGCUACGAUCACCAACAUCACCAAGACUACAUGGAGACACAAGUACAAGAACCUGAACCAGUUUUUAUAGUACCAGAAGAUUUACAGGUUCCUACAGAUAUGGAAGUACCUGAUACAGAAAAACAACAUGCAUUUAUAGAGAAGACAGCCAAGUUUAUUGCUGGUCAUGGAAUGCAGAUGGAAAUUAUAAUUAAGACCAAACAAGCCAAGAAUUCUCAGUUUGAUUUUCUUCAUUUUGAGGAUCCGUUAAAUCAGUAUUACAAACAUAUGGUCAAUAUGAUUAAAUCUGGCAAAUAUAAACCAAAACAAAUUAAAGAGGAAGAUGACGAUAGCAAAGGUCAGUAUUACAAACAUAUGGUCAAUAUGAUUAAAUCUGGCAAAUAUAAACCAAAACAAAUUAAAGAGGAGGAUGACGAUAACAAAGGUCAGUAUUACAAACAUAUGGUCAAUAUGAUUAAAUCUGGCAAAUAUAAACCAAAACAAAUUAAAGAGGAGGAUGAUGAUAACAAAGGUCAGUAUUACAAACAUAUGGUCAAUAUGAUUAAAUCUGGCAAAUAUAAACCAAAACAAAUUAAAGAGGAGGAUGAUGAUAACAAAGGUCAGUAUUACAAACAUAUGGUCAAUAUGAUUAAAUCUGGCAAAUAUAAACCAAAACAAAUUAAAGAGGAGGAUGACGAUAACAAAGGUCAGUAUUACAAACAUAUGGUCAAUAUGAUUAAAUCUGGCAAAUAUAAACCAAAACAAAUUAAAGAGGAGGAUGAUGAUAACAAAGAUGAUGAUGCUCCCCAUAGUCAGCAUGGAUAUUUACAUCCAAGUUUAGUGCAGACACACACUACCAAGCCUAACUUAGCACCUGCUGUCAAGAUGCCAGCUAUAUCUAUACAUGAUACACCGUAUGGUAAAUUGCUCAAACAUCUGAAAAAAUCUACUCCUGACUCCGAUAGAAACAGUAAUUCACCAACACCUAAUCAGGACCCAUACUCAGGAAAAAGUUACUCUCCCCAGCCUACGAGCAGCACUCCUCCCCCGGAGUCAAGUAAUACGUUUAUACAUCAGACAACAGACUAUCAUCACAUGCACCCUGGUGUUCCCCCACCCCCAGGACUGGAACCUGUCACCUUACCAUCAUCUAACCAGCCUCCACCCCCAGGUACAGAGUUAGAGGGACCAUUGAUCCCACCACAUCUACAACAACAAGUUAUGGAGGAGGAACCAGAAGAGGAAAAGCCACCAAGUGUUCAGCAUGCCCCAGUGAUGAUGGGUCCAUCAUUAGAGCCAAAGGUUAUACCGCCACCACCUGACAUCCAGCCAAUCAUUGAUCGUAUGGCCAUGUAUGUUGCCAAGAAUGGUGUGGAAUUUGAGAUUGUAGUCAGAAGUAAAAAUGAUCCACGCUUUGAAUUUCUACAACCAUGGCAUUCAUACUUCAGAUAUUACAACUCUAAAAAGAAAAUAUUUAUUGAGGAAGUAUUGAAGGAACGAGAAAAACUUGAGAAAGAGAAACCAGCCAAACUUAGUUUCUCUAUAAAGAACAAAUCCAAAGAUCAAGAUGGUGUUGUCUCAUCAGAGAAGAAAGUGUUUGACCAUGAUAGCAGUGGAGACGAAGAUUCCGAAAGUGCACGAGAUAGAAGUAUUAGAUCUGAUAUGUCAGGAACAUCAACACCUGUGGAUGGAGAGUCAAGUAGAAUAUCAUCAGACGAGAGGCAAUCAGAGAGGUCAGAGAAAAAACUAGCUCAUGAAAAAUUGAAAGAUAAAUUAGCAAUGGCUGCUAGAGAAAAGUUAUCUAAAGCUAGUCGAGAAAAACAGAUCCAGGCUGAGAGGAAAAGGAAGGCAGCCAUGUUUAUCAAUAUGUUAAAAUCUACAAAAUCUUCUGAUGAAAACAAAAACGGAGGAACACCAAGUAGUAGCAGAUCACAUACACCUGCUCCAUCUGAGGAACCAAGAGAAGACAACGAGCCAAAGAGAACGAAAAAGUCCAAAUACUCAAGGUCAAGAUCAAGGUCACCAAAGCGAUCCAAACCACGUUCAAGGUCACGGUCACCUAGGAAACGAAAAUCUCCAGCACCACCACCACCAAGUGCCUUCCCUAGUAUACGAAGGUCAGAAUCUAGGUCACCAAGUAGAUAUAAAACUUCCAGACAGUCUAGUCCAUAUCAAAAGUCAAGGUCACCUAGUCGUAAAAGGUCAAGGUCACCAUCAGCUGUAAUAAUUAUAGAUCCACCAACUAAAACAUCAAAGAAGUCAAAGAAGUCAAAGAAAAGUUCAAGGACAAAAUCCAGAUCUCCCAGUAGAAAAUCAUCUAGAAAAUAUGAAGACUCUGAUGCAUUAGAUAGUAUAAGGGAGAGAUUAUCAGCUAGUCCGGCACCAUUACCUACCUCAAUUUCACCAGACAUUUCUGCUAGAAUCUCACAGCCUGUAGAUGAAGACAGUAACAGUACCAUGUCUACUGACAGUUCUAAAAAUGUUUCUAAUUACAUGUUACACAGGGUUAGAGCACUGAUUAAAGCUAGUAAAGAAGCAGUGAAGAAAGAAGAAGAUAUAUUUGAAGACACGUGACAUUAUGUUCCAUAUUUUACAAUUGUUGAAUCAGUCUGUAUUGUAUUCUGUUAUCACUGUAAUAAAGAUACUUAUAGUGUU